AUGUCUGUGUUAAGCUGUCAAACAAUGUAAACAAACACAAAAAUGAAAGCCCAAAUAUGUCUUAUGUGUCUUAUCUGUAGGUUUGUGCAUUGUCAUGUCAAUAUCGCUGGGUGCACGUCGAUGAAACGCAAAGAUCCUUCGUCGUUUUUCCAGAGAUCGAUCGCCUCAGCUAUUGUUCUGAUUCCACCAAUAAAUCAUGGCUACUCGUGGUGAUGUAUCUUCUACUGAAGGACUUAUGUCAGCCUGGAAACUUCGUGAUUACGGCGGAAUUGAAAGUCUAGAAUUAGUGAAAGACCUGCCUAUCCCAAAACUAACUUCUUCAAAAGAUGUACUCGUUGAAGUGAAAGCUGCCUCAGUCAAUGUUUUAGAUGCUUGGAUGCCAGAUGGAUAUGGUAAAGUGAUAUUUGAAACAUUUUUUCGAACUCACCUACCUGUCAUUUUGGGGCGAGACUUUGCUGGGGUAGUUCGCGCAGUUGGAAAGGGAGUAACCGAGUUGAAACCAGGGGAUGAGGUUAUGGGUGUAGUUCCACCACAAUCUGGUACAGGAUCCCAUGCUCAAUUCGUAGUAGUUUCAGAUUCUAAUGUUGUAAUGAAACCAACGAACUUGACAAUGGUUGAAGCAGCAUCAAUUCCUUAUGCUGGCUUAACUGCUUGGUCUGGUUUGAGGAGUGUUGGUGGAUUAGGAGAAGUUUUAAAUGGCAAGGAUGUGCUCAUCAUGGGGGCUGCAGGUGGAAUCGGAUCUAUUGCUACCCAACUCUGCAAGAUUUGGGGAUCAAAGGUUGUCUCAACCUGUUCAACUGAUGCCAUUCCAAUCAUCAAAAACUUGGGAUCUGAUGACAUUAUUGAUUACAAAUCUCCGGAUGCCAACUCUAAGUUGCGAGCUCAUGGAGGAUUCCACGUGGUUCUCGACUGCACCGGUAAAUGGGAUGGCUACGACUACGACUUGUUGAAAUCCUGUGCUAAUGCCAAAUAUUUGACUCUCGUUCCUCCAAUUUUGAAAAAUUUCGAUAACUACGGUGUCAUCGGAGGAAUUUUAAAGACUAUUUACGACCUCAUUGUCGCCAAUGCAUUGCUCAUCUUCCAAUUGAAAACCCAUCGUUGGGUCUUGUUUUCCCCGAAUUCGUCUGCUUUACGAAAACUUCGCGACUACGCUCAAAAUGAUCAGCUCAAGCCAUUGAUUGAUAGCGUUUUCACUUUCGAUCAACUAAAAGAAGCUUAUUAUAAACUGAAAGCCGGACAUGCUCGAGGUAAAAUUGUGAUUGAAAUGGUCUGAUACAGUCUAUUUUUGUAGGCUAUAAUCGCUAUAGUCUUCGUUAUCUGAUAUUUGCUGGACCUUGCCUAGAUUAAUUAAUUACAGUAAAUACAAGUUUGUAAAAGGGAAA